AUGUUUGCCUCAGUAGCUUCGAAAAUAUUUUCGUAUUUUCUGGGCUCUUAUAUUGAAGAACUUGGCUCUGGGCAACUUGAACUUGCAAUUCUGAAUGGAAAUACGACAUUAUCAAAUCUAAAAAUUAAAAAGACGGCACUUCUUGGGCAUAAUAUACCUGUGGAAGUUCUAAAAGGAUGUAUACAUCGAAUUGACCUUACAAUUCCAUGGUCUUCUCUCUUCUCAAAAUCUUCAUUUUUUGAUGUUGAUGAAAUUUUCAUUUUAGGAACAAUUAAAUCAGACUCGUUACUAGAAUUAGAUAUAGAAACUCAAAAUAUACAUAAAGAAUUCGACGAAUUAUGCGCUCAAGAGCAAAUAGCAAAAGAAUCAGUAUUAUCAGGAAUUGUUGGAAAAUUACUGAACAAACUCGAAGCUACCAUAUCUAAAAUACAUAUAAGAAUCGAAUAUGAUAAUCCAAAUUCCGGAAAUACAUUAGCUCUUGGAAUUGUGAUUCCAAUAAUCAAAGCAACAACAAUUGAUUGUCCUGGAUUUUAUGGUCAACAAGAUGUAUUUAGGAAACUUAUAUCAAUACACGACUUUUCUAUUUACUUUGAUACGAAUACAACAAAAAUAAAUUUAGAUGACUUCAGACAUCAAAUGCACAUUCAAAUGGCAGAGAACCAUCAAUUCAUACUCAAAGAUUUUUCGUUCAAUUGCAUUUUUGAGCAUUCAAAAGGUAUAGAUAAUACUUAUAUCAACAGAUUCCAAAUUGACACGCCAGGAUUUGAUAUCAGACUCGAUCAGACUCAAUGGGAAAACAUUGUUAUACUGAAAUCAAUCAACUUGAGCUUCCUUCGAAUGAGAUAUUAUUCAUCAGUUGGAAGACCCAUUGAUUCUCCUAAAUCUCCAAACGAAAUCAUCUCCUGGUGGAGGUACGCAAGAAGAUGUGCAUUCAAAAAGCUUCAACCUCUCAAUUUUGACCCCAAAAAAGCGAUGAUUUUUUUGAGAAGUCGCCGUGAAAUGUUUCCUUUCAUGAAGACAUAUAUACAAAGCAAAAACAAAGAGAAAUUUAAUAGCAAAGUCAAACUACACCAGGACUUCUUCGGUGCUGAUGUUUUCUUAUGUUUAAUGACUUACUCAAAUUUCAUUUUGAAAAUUGAAAAUUCUAAAACAAAAAGUGACGGAAUUGACAUAACCGCUGAUGAAUUAAAGACCAUAUUAAAGGAGUCUGCACGCACUACAUACUACCACAUUGAUUUCACCAUAAAAGAAUUGAAAGUUUGCUUAAAUAAAGACGAUAAAAAUACUUUAUCGUCAAUUUUGUUCUCAAAUUUCAAAGGCCUUUUUACAUCAUCAGAAAAUGAGAGCAAAUCCAUUGAGUUCAAAUUAGGAGACAUCUUUGUACUGAAUAAUCUUGAUAAUUCGAAGAUUUUCUACUUGGAUCACGAACAAAACAAAAAUUCUUUGGAAGGAAAUAUCGAUUUCAUGCCAAAUAAAAGAUUGUUGGAUCUGAAAAUAAUUGGACAAAAUCCUUACUUGUAUUUGAACUUGAAAUUACUCAACAAACUCCAAAAAUUCUUUAAAGGUUCUUCAAUAUUUUUCGAAAAAAUUACUAAUAUAAAAAGUGACAAGAAACGUGACACAACCAGAUUAGAAAUUGAUCAUAUAUUAGAGACACAAAUAAAGAAGAAGAUAAACUACAAGUUUGGCAAAACAAAAAUUGUUAUUCCAACAGAAAAUGAAAUUGUCGUCUUUUUGGAUAAAAUUGACAUUUUGGCAGACGAUAAAAACUGUCAUCCUGUCAGAGAUGAUUCCAUUUCAUUCUAUGAAAGCUAUCAACUCAAUUUAGAGAAGUUUGGCAUCGAUGUUGGCGAAUAUCAAGUUUGCAAACCAUUUUCAACAGAAGCAAUUUUUCAGAAAUUGUUUAUUCCGAUGUCUUCUUUGCCAUCAUCGAAAAUUUUGUUGAAAAUCGAUGAUGUUUCAGUCAAACUCAAUAGAAAGAGUCUUAUGACACUUAUGAAUUUACAAAAGAUAUUCCAAAUCGAUGAAAUAGACGUAAAUAAAACAAAAACAGAAUUCAAAGAAAUGAAAAGUGGAUCCAACUUUUUCAUGUCACUUUUGUUUGAAAAAAUCAAUUUCUCUCUCGAAGGAAAACAACUUUCCACAUAUUCUUUAGAAGGAAUGAAAAGUGAAUUGACAACAGGAGACAACGGAAUGAACUUGAAUUUGGAGUUUCAAACAAUAAAAGCCGUUGAUUUGAGCAAUUCUCUGAAAUUUUUGGCAGGAAGUGUAGAAGAAAAAGCUUUCGAAGGAAAUUUGUUGUUAUCUGACAAAACGGUUUUGACGGCGGUUUUUAACAAGCCAGAUAUAGCAAUGACAUUUAGUUAUGUAAUGAAUUUGGUUGAUUUCUUUACGUUUAGUUCUGAAGAUGAUGAAAAAUCAAAACAGAGUGAUUCAAUUUUUAUGAUGGAUGUCAAAAUCAUUUCUCCUCUUUACGCGUUAGGUUUUCCAGCAAAAGAAAACAAAUUAUUGAAUCUGUUUUUCGAUAUGUCAGAAAUGUCGAUCAUUUUCAAUUCCAACGAAAAGGAAAGUUUGUUAAUUCCUUUCGAAAACUUAACAAUGAAAACUCUCCACAAAGAAAUAUUGAAAUCUGAAAAGUGUCAAAUGAAAAUGUCAGAAAUUGAAGGAAGAAGUCACUUUUUCAUGGAUUUACCAACAUGUGUUUUUGUGAUGGACCAAUACAACUAUAGAUUGGUCAUGGAUUUAGCUGAAUACAUUCCUUUCUUCUUGGAUGAACUUAAAAAUGAUGCUUUCGUGCCAAGAGAUGAUUCUGAUGAAGUUUUGAGUCUAAAAAUGCUCAAAAAUUUGUCAACUCCAAAUUUAGUUCCAAAAAGUGACAAUACUCAGAAAACUGACAGUAUUUUGGCACCUCCCGAAACUAAGAAAGAGGAUUUAGUUGUUCAUGUUAUUUCUGAUUUGAUGAACAUUGAGUUUUAUGAAGGAGAUUGUCACUUCUUGGAUAUUUCUGUUUCAAACUUUAAUUAUCAAUUGAUUGAUGAUAAAAAUUUGAUAAAAAUGGGUGAAAUGAACGGAAAAUUCCCUGAUAACGUAAUAUUUGCUAAUAUCAAAGGUUUAAAUGUUAAAUUUGAAAACAGAAUUACAGAUGUAAAUUUUGUUGAUGAAAUGUUUAUGAAUUUAAGACUGAAAGAAACCAAUUAUUUGUAUAUAAUGUUUAUGGACGAAUCAUUGAAAGAAAUAUUAUAUUAUGACAGAGCGAAAAUCAUGGAAUUAUCAAAAGGAUUAAGUCCAAUUAAAACGAAUAUCGAAAUGAAAAAAAUCACUGCAAACAUGUCAAAAGAAAAUUUCGUUUAUUCUGAAGUUAAAAUGGAUGAGAUGUUUAUCAAUGUUGAAUUAACAAAACCUGAUGUCCACACAAUAGUUACGAUAAAUGGAAUCAAAGCAACAACUGAUAAAUUAGGAGAAAUCACGGAUUUCAUUGAUAUUGAUGGAAAAUUCUAUUUCGAAAUGGUUGAAAACAAAAUUAUUGUCAACUCCAAAGACUUAGUUAUAAUGAAUUACCAACAGCAGUUUUUCAUGGAUUUCGUGCAUUAUACAACAGGAAUAAUGAAUGAAAGAGUUUAUAACCCUCUUUCUCCUGUCAAACUGAAAUUGUUUAAUUACAUUAUUGAUUUUUCAAAAAUAGAAUUGAAAAUGUUGCCAAGAUCUGAAAUUGGAAGAGAAUGCGGCUUUGUUGUUUGCAUGGAUGACUGUGAAGUCAAAUCAGAUGUUAAUGAUUUGAAUAUAAUGAAUAUUUCUUUGAAAAACAUUAUCGGUUUAUCUCCAAAAGGUGACAAAAUUUUCUCGACAUCAGACUUUUCUUUUCCAUUGAAAUUCAUUACUAGUUUUGAUGUUCCUCCUUUAAGUGAAGGCUACGAUCCAAAAAUGAUUGCUGAAUUCAAGAAUCCACCUGUUAAAUAUUUGCAUGCAAUUGAUUUUGAUAUCAAAAUUGAUAAUUGUGAGUAUUUUUACCAAAGAAACCAAACAAAGCAAAUGUGCGACGUUUUCUGCACAUUCUUGGAUUUUGAAUACAUAAAACCAGAACCGUUUAAACUCGUUUACAAUGUUGAUGUUAAUGUAAACAAAAUAACGGCAGAAUUUGACGUUUUACAUUACGUGGCAAAUGUCAAAAAUUUUUAUUUUAAGAUGCGAGGCAAUGAUCAAUAUAUCUCUAUGGGAGAAGCAGUUUUAAAGAGACCAAAUAAUAAAACUAUUGCAAAACUCGAAGAAAAUUCUAAAAAUAUCUCAAUGGAAAUGGAAAACAACAAAAAGAACUUGAAAAUCAAAUUGUUUUCAAUUUUGUUUUUCUAUGACCAAAAUAAAAUGGUCAAUUUAAUGAGACUUCUUUACAGAUCUCCCUUCUUGCUGACAAAAUGGGGAAUGACACCAGAAAAACCAACUCCAAUGAUUACAGAAAUUGACAGAAUUAGAGCGGUUUUGCCGGUUAUGAAAAACGGAAAUUUGUUACUUUUAUUUGAUGGCCAACUUUUGAACAUUUUAGAAGGCGAUGACAUUUAUUUCGAAGCCAAGAAUUCGAAGCUGAAAUUGAUUGGAAACAAAUUGAAAUAUUUCUCAAUUGUUGAAGAUUUCAAUUUCUCUUAUUCCGACAAAUAUAAAGAUAAAACAAACAUAACUGAAUACAAAUUAGGUGACACAAAGAUUAAUCUAAGUGUAACUGAUAUAACAGCUUUGUAUGUUAUCUUCAACAAGAUGAAAUUAUUCAUUGAUGUUUGUGUGAACGAAAAAGUGAAAAAUUCAAAAGUUGAAGUUACAAAUCACAUCCAAAAGUUUGAUUUUGGAAAUUUGGUUUUCGAAAUUUACAAGAACAAAUUGCAAAAAUCAUUUUUCAUUCCUUUAUUCAGGUUCAUGAUUAAUCCAAUUUGUUUUACUUUCGAUCCUCUUUCUGAAUCAAAAUUAACUUUGUUGACUUCUUCUUUUGAUUCUAAAAACACAAACAACCAAAUGUGGGAUAUGUUUGUGGAACCAAUAACUUUGUCUUUCUUGUCAAAACCAAUCCCUGACCAGAACUAUUUGCAAGUUGAUGUAAAUAUCAAAAAUUUGAAUGUCAACUUUGCUCAUUCAAUUUUGACACAAAUUCAAAAAGUGACAGAUGAAAUCAAAACGUCAAUUGAAACAAAAAGUAUCACUUUGGUUUAUUCCACCAAAAUCAGAGUUCAAAAUGAUUUGGGAACGAAAGCAAAGUUUGGUUAUAACGACAAACAAAAGUUUUUCGUUUUAGACAAGAAUGAAUCACAAGAAUUUCAAUGUCAAGACGAUAGCGACGAUAACGAUUAUAUUUAUUUUUGGUUUGGCGAAAAAAUCAUUUCUUUGAAAGUUUCUGACUUCACUUUUCCACUUUUCAUUUCUCCUUUCAUUGUUGUUUAUGUUGUUAAAUCUCCUGGUGAAGUGACCAUUGUUUUCAGCUCACUUUUGCGAGUAACUAAUUUAACAAACAAUGAAUUGUCACUUUUGACAAAUGAACGAAACAACAAAUACAAUUUUAUUGAACAGAUUGAGCCAAGUAAAACAAAAUCUGUUGCUUGGAUAUAUAAUGAAGAAACAAACUUAACAUUUAGCCUUAAAACAUCUGACGGAUUCAUUCCAAAUCAACUGAUUUCAUUCAAGAAAUUGAGGGAAUCAUCGCAAUUGUUCAAACUUAAAUUUGAAAAAUCAAGUUUGGAUUUGAUUUUGGAAAGUAAAACGUCAAAUGUUACAGGAAUAACAGAAGUUGUUAUUGGAUACAGGACAAUUAUCGAGAACCAGUUAAAUGAACCAUUGAAUCUCAAAGUUCAAGAAAAAGAAACAGUUUAUUUCAGAAUUGAACCAAAUUCUUUUAUUUCUUCUUCAAUAAAUAUUUCGAAAAUUUGUGGUUCUUUGAAUAAUUUGACUGUGCUCCCUGAUAAAAUGGAAAAUGUUGUCUUGGAUGAUGAAAAACUUUCAAUAAUCCCUGUUCUAACAAAAGCAAAUUCCAAACCGAUAAAUUUAGCACUUUUUGUCAAAAAACAAAACUUCAAAACAAAAAUUUCCAUUUUUAGUCCAUCGAUUAUUUUGAAUCAAACUCCAUUCAAGUUGAAUUAUCUCAAUGAUAACAUGCAACUUAAAAACAACAUCAAACAAAAGGCUGUUUAUUGGAGUGAUGACAAUUUCUUCAAAUCAAAAUCAAAAUCAUUAAAAUUGAAUUUGACUUUGGAGAAUGAAACAGAAAGUGAAGUGAAAAUUGAUUGUUUGGCCGCAGGAACAAUUGAUCAAAUCUUUAUUCCACUUUCUAAAACUGACAAAAUCUAUUUACCUCUUUCCUACAAAAUCCAAUCAGGAAAUCAAAAUUUGUUUUCAUCAAUUGUCACUUUUAAGCCGUUAUUAACCGUCACAAACCUUCUCAAAUACGGUUUUACGUUAGAACCAAUCAUUUCUUUAGAAGACACAACAAAAACAGGUCAUUCAAUCUACAUUUCCUCAGGAUCUUGUGAAACUGUUAAAUUAUGUACAGAAAAUUUGACUUAUAUGUUAUCGUCUGAAAAAAGUGACAGAAGAAUUCCAAUUUCUUUUGGCGAACCAAUUAAAUUCGUGACAUUCAUCACAGAAAACGAGAAGAUAAUGUUUGAAGUCAAUGAAGAUGAUGACGGAAUAUUAAAAGGAACAAUUUCUGCCGCAACAAUUGAAAAGAGUUAUUGUAUUUCGAAUUUAACUGAUUAUGAACUAAAAAUCAAGCAGAAAAAUGGUAAAAUAUUUGAUUUCGUUAAAUCCCAGACAACUUCUAUUGUUGCUUUUGAGUUGCCUUAUUCAGAACACGUCUUAAUUCUUCAAAUUAAUAAUAACGAACUUUCUGUCAACGCCGAUAAAAUCACUUCACCUUUCCAAGUUGGCCAAUUUUGGUUAGAAGUUAAAUCGAGAGAAAAUGGAAUGAUAUCUAUUGUUAUUCAACAAAAUGAAAUAGAAAUCAUUCAGAAACAAAAAUAUUUGUUGAUAUUUUUAAUCAAUUCUCUUUCUUUAUCUUUGAUUGAUGAAAAAUUCAAUGAAUUGUCACUUUUAACGUUCAAAAACUUGAAAUUUGAACUGAAAACAUUGAAAUCUACUUCAUCAAUUAAAGUUUGUUUGGAACAGAUGCAAAUAGACGACCAAAAUUCUUUGGCAUUAUUCGAUUGCGUUUGUUAUGGAAUGAAAAAAGAAAACAAUGAUUUUAUAGAAUUUAGUUGCGAAAUAUACGAUGAUUUGAAGAAUUUCGAAUCAAUAGAACUGAAUGUCCAACCAUUAUAUCUCAAGCUUGAUGUUUCUUUCAUUUGUGAAAUGUUUAAUUUCUACAAUUCUUUUGUUAAAUCUCAGGAAAUUGAUUUUUAUUCGAAUUCAGAGUCAACAAACAAAGAAAACAACUUAAUUAUUUCGUCGAAAUCUUUCUUAAUUCACGAAAUAAAUGUUUUCGUAACAGUAGAAAACAAAAACACAAGAGAUGUUGAUACAGAAAAUGUCCCUGUUUUUAUCAAAUUCAUUCCGAAUUUGAAUGAAGGUUUGUUGCAUCUUCCUGAGCUUCCUUUAUCUGAUUUCGUGUCGACACAAAACUUCUUGACACAAAGAUUGAUUAAACCGUAUUUAUUCGGUGCUUUAAAGCAGCUUUUGAAGCUACUUCUCCAUCACGACAUCUUCAUGAAUAUUGGAGGAGUGACAGCGAAUAUCGUGAAUGGUUUCGAUCGUCUAAAAAGUUCUCCAAGUCGUGCUCUUUGCCAAAUAACUCUUGGAACUGCUUUCGCUGCAGGAGAAGGAGUUCUUGGAAGUGUUUCCCAUUUGAUGCACUCUAUUUACGAUGCGGAAUCUACUUCAUCAACAUUUUAUGGCGCAAGAGAUUCUUUGAUCAAUGGAAUUUCAGCAAUUCCACAAUCAUUAAAUGACGGAAUUGUCGGAAUAAUUGCAGACCCGAUUGAUGGAGCACAAAGAGAAGGUUUCUCUGGUUUUGCCAAAGGAUUUGGAACAGGAAUUGUUGGUUUAGUUGCUCGUCCUGUCAUUGGAAUUGUGGAUGGCGCUGCUUCGAUUGUUGGAGGCGUGAGAAAGGCAAUUGAAGGAAAAGAAGAAGGUCCAAAAAGAAUCAGAAAAGAAAGAGUUAUGCCGAAUUCUUCCAUAAUUCCUUAUUCACCAGAAUUGAGUGAAAUGCAGCAGACAAUCAAUGAAUCAAUCAUUUGCUACUUCCAUGAUAUUUUGAGACCAAGUUCUGUUGUGAUUUCAAACAAUUUUAUUACAGUUUUUGAUGUAAAAGGUUCUGAGAAGAUUCCAAUUAUUUCGAUAAUCGCAGCAACUGUGAAAGGAAACAGACUGGAAUUAUCAGUCAAAGAUCAAAAAAGACAAAAGAUUAGUUUCGAAAUUGCUCAAAAAGAAACAGUAGUAUAUGUUGCAAGACUUCUUUCUUCUCGUGCAAAUGCAAUUGCAUCAAAUACUGCAAGAUUCUUAUAA